AUGCAGAAGCAAUAUGGUUUUCCAAAUUCUGGCCAGAACACCCCUAAACCAAAUCGAUGCAACGAUGGGCAGUCUUCUCACUCCCGGAUUUUCAACCAACAACGUCGGAAUAUCGUGUGUAAGUUCUGUAAUCUUAUGGGUCAUGAGACCCGUGAAUGUCGUAAACUACAACGCUUUCUACGAGAUAAUAAUGUCUCCCUAGAAGCGAGGUUUGGCACAAAACCACUGGUGAAUACCACCAUGGCUCCUAUUGUGUCCCAUUUUGCUGCUCAUCAUCAACAACCUUGGUUAUUUGAUUCCGGUGCAUCCCAUCACACCACUUCAGACCCAUCAAUACUUCACUCCGUUACUGAAUACGGCGGGCCGGACGAGAUUCAUCUAGGUGAUGGUACGUCCCUGUCAAUAUCUCAUACUGGUCAAACCACCCUCCCUGCGUCUAACCAUGAUUUAUCUUUGUCUAGUGUUCUCUGUGUUCCCCAAUUACAAAGAAACCUUGUGUCUGUUUCUAAACUUUGCAAAUCUAACAACGUUUCUGUUAAAUUUUUUGAUACGUAUUUUUGUGUGAAGGAUCGAUCCACGGGGGCGCUACUUCAACGAUGGAAGAACGCACUGACACGGACACGUAAUUCUCCAGCAGAAGUGGUCGCGUCACAAAAUAAACAGGUUAUUCCGUAUCAUAUUUAUGACUCCUCCACAUAUUCACAUACUGCUUCAUUAACGCCUACAUCAUCUGCCUCAUUUAGCUCCUCCAAUCAAAUACCUCCAACUGCCACCAACUCUGCAAAAGCCACGCACCUUCCUCAUGCAGUAGAGGAUUCCACGGCUUCGCAUGCUGUCUCUCUCCAGCCACAAGGUCUUUCGGCGCCAUUGGCUUCUCCUCUCCAGCCGGCGACGGAAAUCGCGACGUCACACUCCACUUCCCAAACACCUGCUGUCCCCGUCUCUCACACUACAUCUCCAGUGUGUCCAGGACGUUCGUCACCAAGUUUCCCUUCCCAGCCAACUACUGCUCCGACGCAAGCAGCUACUUCCCAGCCGGCUGCUUCUUCGGCGCAAGGUAUUAUCUCCCAAUCAGCAUCUUUUAUGGCUACUAUAGACCAAAUUGAUGAGGUUCCAGUAACUAGGAAGUCACAACGCCAACGCAAACCCAAUCAGAAAUAUUAUAAUUCAAUGUUCAUUAAUCUCACGUCUACACAUACGUUAACUCCUCUGUUGGAGCCGACUACUGUGAGCCAAGCGCAACGAUCGCCCUAUUGGCGCAAUGCAAUGAGUGAAGAGUUUCAGGCGUUACUCAGAAAUGAUACGUGGGAGCUCGUUCCCCCCAGGGUCUGA